AACCGCUCCCAGUGCUUAUUAGUGCUCUCUCUCUGCCGGAUCGCAUUGUGCUCUGCUGAUUCAGUGCCUUAAGCAUCGCUCCUCAACGCCUCCGGCACAAACCGCAACGCCUGAACACUUCACCCAAACCACGACAAUGGACAAAAUCGCUGUCGCAUACAAAGAAAAGAUGAAGGAGCUGUCUGUGUUCUCACUCAUAUGCUCCUGUUUUAACCCGAGACUACAGAAAAACCUGGACUCCAAGUCAGAGUUCAUGGAGGUGAAGCCCAUAAACAAACGGGCCUCGGGUCAGGCCUUCGAGGUGAUCCUGAAGCCCCCCUCUCCAGUGUCAGAUGUGGCACACAAUAUCGUAACCCCUCCCAAGAAGAGGGACAUCUCUCUGGAAGACAUUCAGAAGAAACUGGAGGCUGCCGAAGACCGCAGGAGAUCUCAAGAGGCCCAGGUGCUGAGAGCUCUGGCUGAGAAACGGGAGCACGAGCGGGAUGUGCUGUUCAAAGCCAUGGAGGAGAACAACAACUUUAGCAGGAUGGCCGAGGAAAAGCUCAUUUUGAAAAUGGAGCAAAACACCGAGAACCGCAGGGCUCACAUGGCGGCCAUGUUGGAGCGCCUGCAUGAGAAGGAGCAACACGCUGCUGUGGUCCGCAGAAACAAGGAGCUGAGAGAAGAGCUCACAGCGUGAAGGCAUCUUUCCCUCACUUUUCCUCACUCCGCUCAUCAGCUCACUUACCCUCCUCUUACACACACACACACACACACACACACACACACAGAGUCAGUCAGUACUAACUAGCAAGUAACAUUCUCCUAUACCGUUUAAAAGGUCUUGCUUGAUUUCAUAGAUUAUGACACAGAUUAUUUUGUAAAUAUAUCAUAUAACUUUUAGAUUAAACAAAAACACAUGUCAAAUGUAUCAAACUUAUCAAUGACACAGUGUCAUUAUUAAUUUAUUUAUCCAAUUAUUUUUACUCUAAUUAUUUUUGAUUAGAGAUAUCAUGUGUUUAUUUAUUCGUUUGGAAGAUUCUGGAAUUCUGGAAUAAAUGAUGGUUAGUUUCAUUAUGACGAAUGCAAACAGAGACACACUGGGACAUUCCCAGCAUCCACAUACACUCACACACACACACACACACACACACACACACAUAAAUAUACGACAAACCGUACAGUGUAUUUAUGCUUACAUACAAUAUAAUCAUGACAUUGCACUUCUUCCAUCUACUGAAUGAAACAACCUUGUUCAAGCUUAACACAUUCUUCAUCUGCAGCAGCACAUCGACACUCUUUUGCUCCUGAGCCAACGUCUGGACUUAAUAUUAAAUACAAAAUGUUUAGUCUCUUUACAUGCCCUUUUUAUAUUACUCAUAAGAGCAUGUUUUUCUCACUUUGACUUCUCCAGCUAAUGUUGGCACUGGCUAUCAUUUUCUGAACACAAACGCACUCGAUUUACUGUUUUUUUUUCAGCAGGACACGUCAUCAUCUCAAAUGCCAUCAUUAUUCCGCCAUAUAAUCUGCUAUUAACUAAUGUAAAACCUUUGCCGGUCAAAUUUCAUCCUCCUAACUUCAGCCAUUGAGGAGGAGUGACUAAUCGUUUGUGUGAAUCUGAAUGUGUGUUUGUGUGUGUGUGUGGGCGUGUGUGUGUGUCCAUGUUACGGUGGCUAAGCUUCUGUGAUCGUUCUCUUCGGAAGCAACAUGUGAGAUGGAAACAGAAUAUGCAUCGAAUGUUUUUUUUUUAAUUUUUUUUUAAACUUUCAUGGUUUCCUCUCAAAAUAUGCCUGCCUGCAUCUUCUGCUGCAUAAACUGUGUUUUCCCCUCAUUUCUCUGUGUGCAAAAUUUGGUGAAUAAAGAUUUGGGGUUCUGUGAA